AUGACGGAGCGGCUUCACGAACUCAUGAGGAACCACCGCGAGAAGCAGAUUGACGACAUCGCCGCCAAUAUUUGCACGGAGAUGAUCAUGAACAGGGACAAGCUUGAGGAGCUACAAGAUAUGCUCAAUGCUGCCGCUCCACAGGGAGAUGCACGCUACAUGAGUUUCUUCCAACUCCCUUCUCAUUUACUGCGGGAAACUACCAAUCGGAUCAUCCACUGCUAUAAGGAGGUCCAGGAGUAUACACCCAUUGAUGCCCUACCAUCCCACUCAUCCGCCUCGCCCUGGGGGAUGGUGAACCCUUACACCGUCGCAGAUACCCAGGCAUAG